UUUAUUUGAAAUCAAAGAUUGCGAUAUUUUUAAUCAAUUUUCUAUAGUCGCAGUGCCAUGGGCAACGUCUCAUUCGGUUAUAAAUCGAGAAAAAAAAUACUUUGCAAGGAAAAAACAGUGAGAAUCCUCGGGAAAAAAGUCACCGACUAUGCGAGAAAGGAACAAGCUGAAUCUAAAUUUAAUCCAAUGAAAAGAAGAAUUGACGAUUGGUUCGUAGAACGCAACAAAUGAACAAUAAAAAAUUUUCGGCGUUUUUCAGAUUUUAACUGAUUACUGUAUUGACAAGCUAUUAGAUUUUUGUCACACGCGAUCUUUCUCGUAAGAACUAUAGGAAUUAUCACCCCACUCUUCUUGUUUCGAGUCACCAUAAUAUGGAAGGGGAACUCGUUUGUGUCUGUUGACAAUUGAGAAUAUCAGUACUAGCCGUUCACUCGAAGCGUACUUAUGUAUCGUCUAUCAAAAUAUAUACGUAACGAGAAAAGUGAAGCGAAAAUUAAAAGCGAUCGCAAGAACGUAAAAUGUCGUCUUCCUGCGGUAGCACAAAAGUAUCGGAUGUUCUUGAAAUUUUAUCCGUGCGAACAAUAAGCGAUGAUAAUUACUGGAGUAUUCCAACGCCGGCGUCCACAAAUUCAUGGUAUUAUGAACGGGAGAAGCAGAUAUUUACGGAUGCUGUACACUAUUGCAUGGUGCUUUUGAGACAAAGUGAUCGUCUAACAAAUCAUAAAAGUGACAUUAUAUCGCUCGAAGCCACUUUAACGGGUCAGGCAAUGUUCGAAAAAAUAAUAAACGUAAAAGUGCAAACUGAUGUGGAAUCGCACAAUGGACUUUUCGUAUCUGUUGACAACGCUCUCAGUCAUGCCAACAAGGAAAUUCCUCAUUUUCAGGACAACAAUCAAAUCGAAAUCAAGGAAGAAUGCAUGGACGUGUUGAACGAAUUGGAAGGAAAUCUGGGAACUACGUCGAUGGAAAGUACGCGAGGAGAGGAAGAACUGAUGUACGUUGAUAAAACGAUUCGCAAUGUUGUACGCGAGAGGGAGAAAAUCGACGACGAAAAAUCGAGUGAAUGCUCGAGGGUUUUACGAUCGAAAAAUUCGACGCAGUGUGUCGGGUUGAAAAACAAUUCCGUAGAUGAAAAUAAAUUGCCUCCAUCGCCGCUGUCCCUCACAGAAAGUGACUCUCAAAUGCCGAUUAUUCGCAAUAAACUUGGUUCGGGUCUCAGCAAACCUAAAAAUUAUGUUCCGCUCGAAGUUAAAAAGAAAGUCGUCGCACUCGCUCAACAGCAUCCCGAAUGGCCUUUGAAAAUGCUACGAGAACAUGGUAGCGAAUACCUCGGUUGUUUCAGUCAACUUUGGCAAUGGGAACGACAUGUUGCCAGAGGUGGGACGCUCAAGGAUAAAUAUAACACGAUUAAUCAUCGGACGUACGAGAAAUUCAUCGAAGCCCAGUCAAGUUCAAAAACCGUUACGGUAGCUAUGUUACGACAAUGGGCGAUCCAAGUAUCGAGGGAAAUCCAUGGAGCAAAGUUACAGUUCAGAGCAACAAAGGGUUGGGUCUACAAUUUCCGAAAGUUGUAUGAUAUACAGGUCACAUCGCAGGGACAUCUGACAACAAAUCACAAAAACACGGUAGCUAUACCAAGGAAAUUGAUGAGACGUGACAGGAGAUCUUCGGCCACUUGAUCCCAAUUUGAUCAUUAUUCAUUGACGAAAAGAUUGUAAAUCUCGAAGUGACAAUUAACUGAAUACGUUUACUGUAUAACAAUUGUAAAUGCUCAUAUGAAUUGAAAAUACUCAUUAAUUCUACAAGAGUACUGCUUUCAUAUAAAAAUAUUUAAUAAUUUUUGUAUAAAAAAGCUCAAAAUUAAAUAGUCCCAAGGUUGUUCGAAAAUUUCGAUGAUAGAUUUAUGUACAGAGAAAUUAUUUCAUGAAUAUUUAUAAUAAAAAUCCGAUACCAGGAAUGGGCGACGAUUCAAGAGUUCAUAAUCUAUCCUUUUUCUUUGCUUUCUGUUUAUCCAUACACCUGUCACGUUCAGUGCUGAAAGGCUACUCUCACGCACAGUAGUUCUAGUAUAUAGAAUAACGUGUUACGUUAGUGAUUCUCUGAAUAAUUUUCGGAUUUUACAGUGAAAAAUUUAACAAUGAAAAGUUGUACACAGAAAAUAAAUAGUGAAUAAAAUAUUAAUUCAAAACUCACA